UAAAUUAAAUGUCCUCCAGUAUCCGGUGUCGUUGCUAGGCCACGCCUCCAUUCCCUUCACUUCCUGUAAACAAAGCAGCGGUAGCAGCCCCGAACCAGUGUGUUCYUGUGUUUUCCGUUGUUUUCYGGCUUCUUUGUUGYGUUUUUAAAGAUGGCUCAGGGUGGAGUGGUUCUGGACAAGGACCAGUUUAACUGUUCCAUAUGCCUGGACGUGAUGAAAAACCCAGUGACCAUCCCCUGCGGACACAGCUACUGCUCGGACUGCAUCCAGAACUACUGGGACCAAGACGACUUUCUCGGGGUCUUCGUCUGCCCGCAGUGCCGACAGAGCUUUAGCCCGAGGCCGGUGCUUGCCAGGAACACCAUGCUCACCGAUGUGGUGGAGAAAUUCAAGACAACUACGCUCCAGGCUGCCUCGGUACCGAGGGAUAACCGAUGUCUGGCCAAAGCUGACGACGUGGAAUGUGACGUCUGCACCGGGAGGAAAAGCAAGGCUGUCAAGUCCUGCCUGGUGUGCCUGGCCUCUUACUGCGAUGUCCACCUCCAGCCUCACUACGAGUCCGCUGCCUUCAAGAAACACAAGCUGGUUUCGGCCUCCAAGCGGCUCCAGGAGACGAUCUGUCCCCAGCAUGACAAGCUGCUGGAAGUGUACUGUCGCACCGACAGGCGCUGCAUUUGCUACCUGUGUCUGACAGACGAGCACAAAGGACACGACACGGUGCUGGCCGAGGCAGAAACACAACACAUAAAGGUGCAGCUCGGUGACAUGAGGCAGAGCUCGCAGCUCCAGAUUCAGCAAAGAGAGAAAGAGGCACAAGAUCUKAGACAAGCUGUUUUUUCUCUCUCUCGUUCGGCACGGGCCGCUGCCGAAGAGAGCGACGCCAUCUUCACGGAGCUCAUUCGCCAGAUAGAGCUGAAGCGCUUUGAAGUGAGAGAGCUCAUCAAAGAACAGGAAAAGACGGCCAACAGUGAAGCCGAGCAGCUGCUGGACCAGAUCCAGAAGGAAAUCUCCGAGCUGAAGAAGAACGAGGCCGAACUUGACCUCCUGUCCCACACUGACGACCCCGUCCAGUUCCUGCAGAGUUGUCAGUCCGUUCAUGCCUCACCUGCGCUGUCAGCUUCUCCUUUGCUCAACACGAACCCGGCCCUCUCCUUCAGCCCAGUGAUGACAGCCGUGUCCGACUUCAAGGUACUGCUACAAGAAGUGUGCCAGGGAGGAUUUGUCAGCAUCUAUGAGAAAGUGAAAGAUGUUACAAUCGUGAUGACACAGAAUCCUGAGUCCUCAGAGUCUCGGUGUGACUCUCCCCUCACUNGUGACUUGAGUUGUCAGUCCGUUCAUGCCUCACCUGCGCUGUCAGCUUCUCCUUUGCUCAACACGAACCCGGCCCUCUCCUUCAGCCCAGUGAUGACAGCCGUGUCCGACUUCAAGGUACUGCUACAAGAAGUGUGCCAGGGAGGAUUUGUCAGCAUCUAUGAGAAAGUGAAAGAUGUUACAAUCGUGAUGACACAGAAUCCUGAGUCCUCAGAGUCUCGGUGUGACUCUCCCCUCACUGGUGAUGCUGGGGCAGCUGCACAGAUGGAGUCACCAAUAAUUCUGCCCCCUCCUGGUCUGGACCAACCAGCUGUCAGUCCUCUGAACCCGUUUUUUACCCCGGGACCAUUUGCCUUCUCACCAUGCUGGUAUCUGCACACCUGUGAGCUACGCCCAUCACUGUCCCUUCCUCUUUCAGUUCAAUGCUGUGUGUGUGAGAGUGCAAUGGCAGCCGCAACUAUCUCCGUAGAACAAGACCAGUUUUGCUGUCCCGUGUGCCUAGAGGUUCUGCGAGAUCCCGUGACCAUCCCGUGUGGACACAGCUACUGUCUGGACUGCAUUGAGGAUUACUGGAACACAGCGAAGCAGAAAGACCAUUACAGCUGCCCCCAGUGCAGGCAGGAGUUCAAUCCCAAACCCCUGCUGAGCAGGAACACCGUUCUGGCCGAAGUGGUGGAAAAGUUUCUGAAAAGUGAAGACCAGCCUGCGGCUCAGCACCUGGCGAAACCCGAGGAGGUGAAAUGCAGCGUCUGCAAGGGCAGGAAGAACAGAGCCGUGAAAUCCUGUCCCCAGUGCCUGGAGUCUUUCUGCCCGGCUCACCUGAAAGGACACGAAGAGCGCUUUCACAGAAAAGGCCACAAGCUGAUCCCAGCCACAGAUAGGCUGAAGGAGAAGCUGUGCCAGCAGCACGAAAAGCUGCUGCGCCUGUACUGCCUCAAUGACCAGCAGUGCGUGUGCUCGCUGUGCGUCAAGGACAGGCACAAGGGCCACAACACGGUGCCGGUGGUGGAGGAGAGGGCCAAUCAGCAGAAAAAACUCAAAGAAACGUCUUUGAAGUCGGUACAGAAACUGAAGGAUGCAGAGAAGGAACUGAGAUACGCCAUAAGAUACAUGAAGCAUUCCGCGGAGGCUGUGGUGGAGGAGAGUGAAAGGAUUUUCUCCAAGCUGAUUCGAUCCAUUGAGAAACAUAGCGGAGAGGUGAAGGAGAUGAUCAAAUCCCAGGAGAGRCUGCUGGUUGGUCAGGCCGAGGAGAUGCUGGAGAAGAUCCAGAGGGAGAUGGCCGAGCACCGGAGGACCGAGGCCGAGCUGGAGAGGCUGUCUCGCACAGAGGACCACAUCCACUUCCUCCAGAAAUGCAAGUCUCUCCAUUUUCCCAUGAGGACUGUGGAGAUGCCCAACACGGAUGCUCUCACGUAUUUCAUGUAUAAAACAAUGAGAGAUGGCCUGGGCGACCUGAACGGAGGUCUGGAGGAAACACUUCAAAGGGAAUUCAGCAGAGUUGCUGAUAAAGUGAACUCGCUGAAGGAGAGCAUCAAUCCAAACAUCAGUGAAAAGACCAAAGCUAGAGACGCCGACAUUCCUUACACCACAGAACCGAGGAAAAGAGCCGAUUUUCUCCAAUAUUACAACGACUUGACGUUGGACAUGAACACGGCCAACUCCUACCUGAGCGUCUCCGACAGCCGGAGGUCAGCGAUGACCCGCAUAGAGCCGCAGCCCUACCCCGACCACCCGGACCGCUUCACCAGCUGGGCCCAGGUGUUGUGCAGAGCCGGGAUAGCGGGCCGAUGUUACUGGGAGGUGGAGUGGGCUGGGAGUGGGGGGGUCUCAGUUGGCAUCUGCUACAAGAACAUGAACAGGAUUGGAGGAGGGAGCGACUGCAAACUGGGCCAUAACUCCAAAUCCUGGAGCUUAGACUGCGUCAACACCACCUGCUCGUUCCAGCACAACAAGGAGAGCGUUGCCAUCACGACGCCCUGUGGGAGCCGGAUAGGAGUGUAUCUGGAUUUCAGGGCCGGGACUCUAACGUUCUACAAUGUUUCUGAUUCAAUGAUUCUGCUCCAUAAGGAGAAGACCACAUUCACCCAGCCGGUGUACCCRGGGUUUUGGGUCGGCUUGGGAUCCACACUGAAGGUGUGCUCUCUUUAAACUAGAAUCCUGCUUUAGUAGCACUUUAGAAGUUGUCUCGUAAAUAAUUAGGAAUAUAGGAAUAAAAGACAAAUUUAUGCUCUAGGUUCAGCUUUAUUAAC